GCGGCCCGUCGCAACGCUGACGUGGGGCUGCAGCGGCUCCAGGACAGCCAUGGCGGCCGCCUGGGAGGAGAUCCGCCGCCUGGCGGCCGACUUCCAGCACGCCCAGUUCGCCGAGGUCACGCAGCGGCUAUCGGAGCGGAACUGCGUGGAGCUGGUGGCGAAGCUGGUGGCCGAGAAGCGGCUGGACGUGGUGCACACGCUGGACGGGAAGGAGUACGUCACCCCCGCGCAGAUCGGCAGGGAGGUCCGACAAGAGCUGCAGGCGCGCGCCGGUCGAGUAAACAUUGUUGACUUACAACAGGUAAUAAAUGUAGACCUGCUACAUAUUGAAAACCGUGCUAAUGACAUUGUUAAAUCAGAUAGAGCUAUUCAGCUUGUUCUGGGACAGCUUAUAGAUGAGAGUUACUUAGACCAGUUAGCAGAAGAGGUAAAUGAUAAACUACAGGAAACUGGCCAAGUGACAAUAUCUGAACUCUGCAAGGCAUAUGACCUUCCAGGAGACUUCCUGACACAGGCAUUGUCUGGGCGUCUGGGUAGAAUUAUCCGUGGACAAAUAGAUCAGGACAACCGAGGGGUGAUUUUUACAGAAGCCUUUGUAUCCCGUCAUCGGGCGCGUAUUCGUGGUCUGUUUAGCGCAAUGACUCGGCCUACACCUGUAAGUAACUUGAUCACUCGUUAUGGAUUUCAGGAACAUUUGCUUUACUCUGUGUUAGAGGAACUUGUUAACACUGGACGUCUGAAAGGCACAGUGGUUGGCGGGAGACAGGAUAAGGCAGUGUUUGUUCCAGAUAUCUAUGCCAGGACACAGAGCAACUGGGUGGAUUCCUUUUUCAAGCAGAAUGGUUACCUAGAAUUUGAUGCAUUGUCCAGGCUUGGCAUCCCAGACCCUGUGAGCUACAUAAAGAAAAGAUACAAGUCUUCACAUCUUUUAUUUCUGAGCGCAGCCUGUGUUGGUCAGGGAAUUGUGGAUCAAGUGGAGGCUUCUGUAGAUGAAGCCAUCAGCUCUGGAACCUGGGUGGAUAUAGCGACUCUUCUGCCCAGUUCAUUAUCAGUAGAAGAUUCUGGGAUGUUGCUUCAGCAAGUGAUGAGAUCUUUCAACAAACAAUCUUCAGCUAUAGUUUUUAUUGACACUGUUGUGGUCAGUGAGAAAUUUAUAAAUAGUUGUACUGAUCUGUUCCGUGACUUGAUGCACCAGAAAGCUGAAAAAGAAAUGAAAAAUAACCCUGUUCAUUUAAUCACUGAAGAAGAUCUAAAACAGGGUUCUAUUUUGGAAAACUCAUUUUCUAAUAAAAAAGACAAAAAGGAUGAGAGAAGAAAGAAAGCAACAGAGGGCAGUGGAAGCGUAAGAGGAGGUGGUGGUGGAAAUGCCAGAGAGAUCAAGAUUAAGAAGACUAAAAAGAAAGGAAGAAAAGAUGCUGACAGUGAUGAGGAAUCACAAGCAAGUAGCACAAGUAGGAAUAAGCAUCUGGAAAUGCUUUUCAUGUCACAGGAAGAGAUUCAGGAUGUUUUAAGGAACCAUAUUCAAGACUGUCCUGAAGAACUUAUUAUAGAACUUGCUGAACAUUUAAUAAGGCCCCUAACAAAGAGCUAUAAAGAAGUGGUACGUGAUGUUUUCUUAUCUUCAACUUCUUCAUCUGGAGCUAGCAGGAAACGGACCAUCAAGGACUUGCAGGAAGAGGUCUCAAACUUGUACAAUAAUAUCAGAUUAUUUGAAAAGGGUGCAAAGCAUUUUACAGAUGAGACUCAAACUAACCUUGCCAAACACCUGCUGAAGACUGUUUGCACGGACAUUACAAAUCUUAUUUUCAACUUUCUAGCAGCUGAAUUAAUGAUGGCAACAGAUGAUCACACUGCUAUUACAAGUGAAGUCAGGAAAAAGAUUAUAGGUAAAUUACCUGAAGAAUCCAAAGGUGCUUUAACAAAACUACAUGCUUCUUUGAACGGCAAGAGUUUAGAAGAUUUCCUUUUGUGCCUUGACUCUGCAGCAGUUGCUUGUGAUAUUAUGGUGAAAAGGGGGGACAAAAAGAAAGAAAGGCAGGUUCUGUUCCAGCAUAGACAGGCUUUGAUUGAACAACUAAAAGUCACAGAAGACCCAGCUCUCGUUCUGCAUCUUACAUCAGUCCUGUUGUUUCAGUUUUCAACCCACUGCAUGGUUCAUGCCCCAGGAAGAUGUGUGCCACAGAUCAUUGCUUUCCUAAGUACUAAGAUCCCAGAGGAUCAGCAUUCUCUUCUAGUCAGAUACCAAGGAUUAGUGGUGAAACAGUUGAUCAAUCAGAAUAAAAAGAUUGGGCAAGGAGAUGAUGACCCAAUGGAUAAUCUAGAGGAGGAAGAAGGUGCAGAAAAUAUUCGAAAAGAGCUCCAAGAAGUGACAGCCUCCGUCAAAGAUCUUGUCCUCAGGCCCAGAAAACCUUCUGUAACAGAGGAGUAAAGAUCUAAUAAAUUCAUCUCAGUCCACAAAACAGUCAGAAUAUUUUUUUUUCUUGAAGGGAUAAUGUUCAUUUUGUUGUAGUAGUAGAGGAUGGGAUUGUAGGCUUAGAUUUGGUAAACUUUAAUGGUACUGGUGAAUGCAGUAUAAAGCACAACAGGUGGAUGCUCAUCAUGGAUUUGAUUAACUGAAUAAAUUAUUUAAAAAUGAAACAAUACUCGAGCAUUCAUUGUGUUUAUAUUACACUGCAAGAGCAAUGGUAGCUACAAAGGUAAAGUUUUAAGAUGGCACCUUUUUAUGUGGUGCUUCAGGCACAGUUAUUCUUUGAUCGCACAUUCUUCUGUGUCUGUCCAUAGGUUCAGCAUCUGCUUUUCUGACUCUGUUUGUUCUUUCUUCUUCUUAAUGGAAUAGUAAUUACAGCAAUUCAUAGGUUUGUCUGGAUUCACAAAUAUUUUUGUCUAAACCAUAAUUUUAAAACAACAGUAUAAAAAUGAAGGCUCAUUUUUUAUAUCUUUGAUAUGUUUUUAGGAAUAUUUGGCUUUAUUCUGGGCAGUGGGAGGGUUAAUAAUGAAGUUUGCAGGCCUGGCUUCCCAAAAGAGGAAAAAUAGUGGGUGAGUCCAAUCCAAUUAGGAAUGAAACAAUCCUAUAUCUGUACCCAUUGUUUCAUUCCUAAUGAAUUCCACUACACUAUUGUUAUUUUUUAAUCAUUCCUUUAUUAAGGAACGCUUAGAAAACUGAUGAAGUAAAAAUUAUAUGUAAUUCUUUAUUUGGCAUUGAGGGUGGGCCUGAGGAUGGUGACACAGACAGCAGUGGCUAACAUAGCCUGCUCAUUCAUUUAGUAGAUAGGCUUAACCUCAUUUAUGACUCUUAAAGCAGUUUCUUAAAGGUUCAAUAUCACAUAAGGAGACCUUCUUAUUUUAAAAGAUUUGGAGGUGGGAUUUUGUUCAUCUUGGUGCACAUUUCCUAAAAGAAAGUAAAAUGUUGGUUUGAAUCUCUGCUACAUAUGGUUUUUUUUGUCUGGGGCUAUCCUGUUCUGAGAAGUAUUUGAUGUUAUUUUACUGUAUUUCCACCCCUUGUUUUACUUAAACAACUUGCUUUGGAUAGAGGGAAGGAGAAAAUAAAUUGGAAAAGUAUGCAAAUUUGAAUUCUGCAAAUACUGAUUAAUGAUAAAGUUUUUGUGUUGUUUGUGUUUAUUUUUACUUUGUUUCAAAGAGGAAACUGUUUUCAAAAGUACAGUUUUAGGUAUGUUAAGUUUGCAUCAGCUUAUGCUGCCAUUGCAGUAUGCAGUUAUGUGUGCUUUCAGUAUUCUAGAUAUUGCAUAAAAUCAAGUCUGAAUAAAAAGAUAAGAGAGAAUUCCUGUCCAGUGAAAAUAACUCUUCUAUUCUUGUCAAGACCCCAUUGACUACAGUCUAUUGUUCAGUACCUAUGGGGUAUUAAACAGCCAGUGUUACUUGCAAAACCUGUAUCUCCAGUAGAGUUUGUAUUGGGUAAAGUUAAAUUAAAAUGUCCCCUAAAAUGUUGUUCCAACAAAUGAAAAACCACUUCACAUCAAACUUGCAACCAAAAUACUGCCUUUUGUCUCACCCAUUUAUGUAUGUUUUCAAAAUGAAAUUUAAAAAAAUAGAACUAUUUAUAUGGCAGUACUAAACUGCAGUACUGCUAAGUAUUGGUCUUGUACCAAUCAUGAAAGAGAGGAGGUUCAUUCUCUUCUCUCCAAGCUCAGAGACAAAGGUAGUAGCAUCCUAAUUUUGGUAAGCAUACUCCAUGUUUCUUGAUGAAAAAGGACAGUAAGGAGCAAAAGGGGGAAAAUAUUCUGACUGCUUUAACUUUGGUAAAGCAAUAUUGUUUGCAUGUAAGAAACAUUUGUCAUUCAAAAUAAUUUUAAUUUUCAUAUAUUAAAUGUAAACACUUUUAUUUGGCAUUGAUAGCUUUUGUAAAUAAUAUCUAAUCUGACAUUCUGUGUGCAAAUUUACAAUUAUUUUAAUAAAGUUAAAUAAUGAAAUAUUUAAAAUGUA